GCGACUGUUGGGAGAUCACCGGGUGCAGCGCCGCAGAGGAAGCCGAGGUGGGCGUGAACUUUGGGUGCAAGGCUCUCCCCAAGACCGGUGCCGGCGGCUGUGCAGCCAACGGGGCAUGGCGCUUUCAGGGCUCGGAGAUCCAUGCGGUCAUGGAUGGCAAGUGCCUGCAAGUGGACUUGCGCGACGGGCGGUCUGUCAACGUGGGAAGCUGCACUGGACAGCCUCAUCAGCACUGGGAGGUUGACGGGCCACUGAUCCGGUCCCUCCUGCAGCCGGGCCAAUGCAUCGACAGCGGCAUCCCCGCCCCACCUCCCGAGACCACGGGGCGCUGCCUGUCGGUGCAGGUCUUGAGUCUUCCGGCUGAGCAUACGGAGGUCGGACCUGCGUUGGGGCUCUCCGAUGUGUGCGACGUGAGUCAACCACCGGGGCAUCCAGUCCGAUUCGCGGAUGGGCACAUGUUUGCAGGAGACCUUUGUGUCCGGGCUUUGCGGGGCCUUCCCACAGCCUUUGGACCCCUGCAGCUUUGGGCCAAGCCUCAACCAGAAGGUGUGGCCGUGCUGCUUCUGAACCGAGGCUCAGAAGCACCGACGCUGCGCCUUGGCUACCUUGGCAUGGUACUGAAGUUUGUGAGACAGGUCUUCUUCGGUUCGAGGAGGGACUUGCCGCCAGUGUCUGGCAACGUAGCCAUGGUUGCAGCCAGUGGAGACAGCCCUGCACCCAGCGUUCAGGGGUCAGUCAAGCUCUGA